AUGACUGUACUAAGACUAAUCGUUUCCACCAUCCUCAUCAUAGAGGGUUGUAAAGCAAGCGGCAUAGGACACAUAGUGCCAGCAGUCAGGUCGUACCCUAUUGUACGAUAUGCUCCAUUCUACAAUUUUCCUGGAGCGCGUUCUAUUCAUGCAGUAGCACCUGCUAUAGCUCCGGCGCCAUUUGUUCCAGCACCAUUGCCAGCUCCGCUGUUUCCAGCGCCAUUGCCGGCUCCUGUAUUACCAGCCCCAUUACCGGGUCGCCUGUUGCCUGCUCCCGUAUUCCCCGCACCAACCUUACCUGCAGGAAUUCCAGCGCCAAUUUUCCCUGCUCCUGCCCCAGCUUUGGCUCCAGCUUAUGCUCCAGCCCCAUUUUAUAACUCCGUAUUACCUAAAUUCGCACCCGCAGUAGCUGCCUUACCCGCUCCUGUUUUUACUAGAACAUUACCAGCACUACCCGCAGUGCCAUUUGCGCCUAUUGUGAGACCUGUGGCAUUGCCAGCUCCUGCUGUACCCGCCCCUCUCUUUGCACCAGCUCCUGCUCCCAUAGCAGUAGCAAAGGCACUUCCAUAUGGAUUCCACCAGUAUGCCCAUUUAGCGCCUGUUAUAAAACAAGCGUGGAAAUGA